CAUCCACGUGUCAUCCCCACUGAGCCCCACUGAGCCCACGACUGAGCCUCACUGAGCCCCACUGAGUCGUCACCCAGCCAGCCAUCACCCCACUGCUUCCGCUAUUAAUGACAGAACAUGUUAGGUAGGAAGCUUGCGCGACCUUGCGUUGCGCCGCUUGCGUUGGGCAGCUCGCGCUCGCGCGUUGUGCUCCCGACCCGCCACCCCGAGUCGCGCCCCACCCGUGCCGUGCCGCAGUCGGCGCAAGGUGGUGAAACUGAUUCCUCAGUCGUGAAGGCGCUGCAGCUCCUGACUGGCGAAGUUCGCGAACUCAGAAGCGGACUCAGUGGGAAGGUCGACAGUGUCGCAGCCGGGCUGAGUGACGUAAGGCGGUUUCAGGGCACCAUGGUUGAGAUGGUGGCAUUGAUGAACCUCCCAGCCCGGCUGAAAGGUUGCAGGCGGGCGCGGUUUGAGGCUGAUGCGGACCUGGACGCGGUCUUCGGCUCGGGCACUGCGGCGGCCGUCCUGGGGGCCGUAGCGCACCCCAGCGGCGGCCGCAUGCUGCGCACGCGGUUGCUGCGUCGCCUGCUGCUGGCGGUGAGGCGGGAUCUGGAUGACGGCAUCAGCCUGCCGCUGCAGUCGUCCGGCAAGGGUGCGGCGGCGGUACAGGCCGUUCUGGACACCCUGCCCCCGGUGCCUGCUGGUCAGGAUCGGCAUCGGGAGGGCACGCAGCAGCAGCAGCAGCAGCAGCAGCAGCAGGAGCCGCAGGAGCCGCCAAGUCCGGUCGCUGACGCCGAAGCACGACUGGCGGCCUUUAAGACACAGCUGUUGCAGGCUGCUCGCAAGCAGAGCCCGGACAUUCCCGGUGUGCGGCUGGCGGUGUCGCGCGCGCAGCAGCUGCUCCAGGCGGCGGGCGUGUUGGGGGACGAGGCCCCGGCGCGGUGGAACGCGGCGUUGGGCCUACUGCAGCGCCUUAGCAGCAGCAGCAGCAGCAGCGGCCAAGGCGGCGGAGGCAGCAGUGGCGGCGGCCAAAGCAGGCGUGGCACUGCGGCAGGUCGCUCGCCGUCCUGUCAUCAUCAGGCGCUGCUUGUGCUGUUCCUGCUGGCGACCGGGCGCCUGCGCGCUGAGCUGGAGGUGGACCUGAUGCGCCUCCGCCCGCGUAACGUGGGCACGCCGCUGUUUGGCCGGCCGGAACUUUUGGUGGGCGAGAUCAAGAGUGACUUGAGCGAGCUCGGCCCAGCCCGGCGGCAGCUGGAGAUCGCGCUGGCGGUGCUGGAGCUGGCGUGCCGUUUCUCGCCCUACUACGGGGGUGGGGGUGUGCUGCGCGGCCUGCUGGCGCCGUACAGCAGGUGGCGGCCGCCCAGCCUCGACGCGCGGGCGGUGGUCUGCGGCGUCCUGGACGGUAAGGCGCUGGCCGCCCGCCAGGGCCUCCUGGGGGACCUGCAGGUGCAGCUCGUCGCCGACCUGGACCUGGAUCCGGACCGGGUAGACCGGGUCCUUGGUCCGGUGGCGGCGGUGGCGGCGGCGGCACGGGGCGAGGCGGGCCAGGCAGCGGCGGCGGCGGCGGCGGCGGCUGGCGGAGGUCCGGAGCUGGCGGCUGGCGGCCCACCGGCGGACAGCGGCGUCGUCAAGGCCCAUGCGCAGGGCGAGGUGGAGGCGCAGAGCGAGGACGAGGCGGCGGCGGUGAUGAUGCACGUGCCUCUGGAGGUCUUCUGGUUCGACGGCAGCGGCACCUGACGCGGGUGGUGGAGGACGAGUGGGCCUCCGACUAGGUAGCCGUGCCGCCACAACAUGGAGAAGGGCCAGCACAGGCCCAUGUGCGUGUGCGUGUGCGUGAGUGUGUAUGUGUGUGUGCGUAUGCGUGCGUGCGUGUGUGUGUGUGUGUGUCUGUGUGUGUGUUAGAGAGCACAAGGGAAAACAACAAUAGCCUGUGUGUGUAUGUGUGUGUGUCAAGGGAGAGAGAGCUGAGAGGGGUAGAGAGACGGAGAGGGAGGAGAGCGAGAGGGAGGAGAGCGAGAGGGAUUGUGGGCGGAAGGGAGGAGAGGGAGGGGAAAGGCAGGGGGGUUGCGAAAGCGAGCGUGGGAGCAAAUGACCAGCAAGGCGAGGUGCAAGGAGCUUCGGAACCCCAGGUCCACACCAUGGAGCGCUGCCGGUGCUGCUGCGGGCGUUCGCGCUGGAGCUGGGGCCGCGGGGCAAGGCGACUAAGCAGCAGUUCGAUCGCCACGGUGUGGUCUUGCUUCGGCCUUGCGCUGACGCUGGCGCUGAUGGCGCCGCCCGUUGGUACGUUCAUACGGGCGCGACGCUGAUGCCGGUACGAGAUCUCCUCACAGCCGGACUGGGAGGAACAGCACUGGGCCGCGAUUAAGUCCAUGGCCGCGGGCCAGCCCAUGCCGCUGCCCACACCGCACGCCACCUCGGGCCCGAGGACCUCCAGCGCAUCGCCGCCUCGGGGCCGCGGCUGGAGGACCUGACGCUAGAGCACGCGGAGCGGCUGGCGGGGCCGGGGCAGGCCCCAUGCUCUGCCUGCUCCUCCACCUCCCCGCUGCAGGUGGCGGGCGCGCCGGACGGCGGGGCGCUGGCGUUCCGCGCUCCGUGCUGGGCGACUUAUGGGCCGAAACAAAUAAAUCAAUGAUUACGCCCUGCUGUGUGUGCGUGUGUUUGCCUCACAUGGCUGCCCGAUACGGCUCAGUCGUACUUGGUGCACACGGGCACCACCACGGGCAGAUGAUGACAUGCGAAUGUGGACAUCGCACGGCACCAGUUGUGGUUUGUACAGGCGCCACCAGGGCUACCGCAGGCCGUGUGGGACAUCGUGUGCUUGGCUGCUGUGGCGGCCCUAGGAUACGGCCGACAGCGCCUUUAGUGAUGCUGCGGACCGGACUGCGGACGUUGCUGUUUUGCAAAGGGUCGGCGUGGAGGUGAUUGCGGACUUCUGGUCGCGGCUCGCUGCGUUUGUGAGUCUGUCUCCGCGCCGCUGGGGCCUUGUCCCGAACCAGCACCCAUUCCUAGCGUCGGAUGAUGUUGGAGGGGUUAUCUUGGUGGGGCCAGCAGCAGACUCGGUAUGGUUUCACCCUAGCUUGUCAAGGCCCUGGCUUUGUCCAUGGCUGUCGUCCCACAUGUAACCGCUAUCAGCUAACAACACUACCUGCAUGUGCAUGCUCGCUCAGCCGGUCAACACCGUACGUUGCUUCCCCUGUGACUUGAUUCCCUUAGGGACACGCCCCAUGGAUCGCUUGGCGGUCCGCUAGUGUUUAAUGCAUUCCUCGUCCCAUCACCUUGGAAGAUUGAGUUUGUAAACUGGCCCCUCCUGAGUGGACGUCUGAAACUCAACACAUUGCUUGAACGUGUAGGGGGGGGUUGAGUUCGGGGAUUCUGAAGUUACUGAGUUUACAGAGGCGGGGUAAGACUGGGUGGGGACGCGGCGUUGGCGCCCAAUAUCUGCUCAUCGCGAAUACUAAAAA